UACAAUGACUAUUUUAUCAGACAAAAACAGCUCGUAGUCUGAACUGUGAGUCAUUUUUCAACCAACAUUUCAUUAAGCUACUUGCUUCCGGGACGAGACAGUCUUAUUUUGAAGGUAAAAUCCGUGCAUCUCCGGUCUGCCUCUCUCUGGCUGACUUGACGCAGCUCUCCCUCUCCCCGGUGCGCCUGAACUCCGGUACCUGACACCGCAGAGCGCGUCCAGCGGCUGAGAGGACGCAGACGCACGGGAGACCGCUUGGUCUUAUUUAACUUUACUUUUCCCAUUUAUUAAAACUUCUGCGUCACAUUCCUCUCUCAUUGUUUCGCCUCUUUUUCAUCCUCCGGACUGACGGACUGAGUUUGGAUAUCGGCAGGGGGGAGGAGGCAUAGGACCGGCGGGCUGCUCUCAGAUGGAGCACCAUGGCUCCGGGAGCUCAGGGCGCACGGCGGACCUGGAGUGAGUGACGCUGGUGGACGGACGCUGCUGCCCGGUUCAGGCUGUUCACAGCACGGCCAUGACGGGCACCCAGGAGCCAGACCUGCAUGAGCAGCACAGAGGACCAACGCAGGAGGAAGGGGAUGAGGAGGAGGAGGGGGAGAAGGUGCAUGUGUCAGUUGAGGGAGAGGCGAGGGAGCAGGAAGAGGAGGAAGAGGAGGAGGAGGAUGAAUUGGAGGAGCUGCCGUACCCCACUCUUGCACCAGUGGUUCUUUUGGCUCUGACCCAGACCAGCCCGCCCCGCUCCUGGUGCCUUCGAGCUGUCUGCCACCCAUAUCCUUCACUGCCGGGGGUGCACCUGAAGCACUGCGAACAUGUGUGGGUGUGUUUGGGCGUAUGACUGUGUUUCUGUUUAUAAUGUGAAAGAGACAUCGUCUGUUUGUGUUUCAGCUCUGUACUGUCUCAGAGCCGUUGUACCUACAAGGCACCUAGCG